CAUGCACUUAAUUCAAGUGGACUCUGUCCAGCGUUGGAUGGAAGACUUGAAGCUUAUGACCGAUUGUGAAUGCAUGUGUGUUCUUCAGUCUAAACCGAUCAGCAUAGAAGAAGAUGCUGAGAGUGAAUGUUCCCUUUCAUCACAGCACCAUGCAUGUGACAACUUGCAAUUGUUGCUGAAAAGAGCUUGGAUUAUAAGUACUGAGCUGACCAGGAUAGUUCAAAAACUAGAGAAGAACAGAUGGCAGAGAGUUCAUAACAUGACAGUAAGAGUCAACUGCCAUGUCCGUUCAAUGAUAAGUGAAUACAACACAUUCACAAGGAAUUCUUGGGAUGAAAUGCACCAGUAUGAAAAAGUGUUAGUGGAGAAAUGUUCGGAACUUACUACCGUUACUGAAAGGUGCAUACAAAUUGAAGAUGAACAGAUAUUAAAGAGUAUGAAAAUUUGCAUUAAUGAUGCACUAACUACAGUCGCACAUUAUUUUGGCCAAUUGAUAGAACUAGCUUUAACACAUGAAAUAAAGAACCUUGUAAGGGAAAUCGAUUCAUCGGAUAAUCUGUAUUCUGCUGAAUCCUCGACAAACAACUUGUUCAGUCUUACCCAGGAAGGUGCUCAUUUGUGUCGCAUCAUUGCGAAGGAGGGCGGCAUUGUUGCUCUGUUUAAGAUCUGCCGCCAGGAUUGCUUCAGGUGCCUUUACCCCCAGGUGCUAAGGACGUUGGCAUCUAUAUGCUGCGUGGAAGAAGGAAUCCAACAAUUGGAAAAG